AUGGGGUGGUUGGAAAUUGAACUUGAUGACACUUCACUAGUUAAGAUGGACUUAAAUGAGGAGGAGCCUGAUGUUGAUGAAGGGGAAGGUGAAGGUGUUAAUGAUGGGAAUGAGGUUGAUGAUGUUCUAAAUAAUGAGGCUGAUGAUGAAGGCCAUCUGAUAGUGCCUAGGAUGAGGAAAAGAAUUCCAUCUUUGAGGAUCACUAAACUAAAGCUUAAAAAGACAGCUUUUAAUAAAGAUGGGGUGAUUCCACAUGUUUAA